GGUCUGUUCGCAAAUAAAUAAAAGCCGGUUCCCAGCCAACAAUCGAACAGUUCCCAACAACAUGUCGCCAUAUCGCCCGGAAUUCUCUCCCUCGGAGCAAACGAAAAUCGACGCGGAGUUCUCUAGAUUGGCCAACAACAAAAGUGUUUACCUGGAUCACGCGGGCACCACUCUAUAUGCCGAAAACCAGGUGAAAGCCGCCGCGGAGCAGCUGCAUCGGAAUGUCAUCUGCAAUCCGCACACCUGUCGCCUUACCGGAGAUUUUGUGGACCAGGUGCGAUUCAAGGUACUGGAAUUUUUCAACACCACUGCCGAGGAUUACCAUGUGAUCUUCACGGCGAAUGCCACCGCAGCUUUGUCCCUGGUGGCGGAUAACUUUGACUUUGGAUCAUCGGGCGACUUUCACUUUUGCCAGGAGAAUCAUACCUCGGUGUUGGGAAUGCGAGAAAGGGUACGGGCAAAUGGUAUAUAUAUGCUCAGGGAAGAUGAGAUCUCUGGCGGAUUGGCCAAUGGGAAUGGGAAAGUUCAGGAAGAAACAAUCACGAAAACCGGCAACUCUCUGGUCACUUUUUCCGCCCAAUGCAACUUCAGUGGCUACAAAAUCCCAAUGGAUGUCAUUGAAAAAAUCCAAAAUGAUGGCUUGCCCAUAAGGGGAAAACAAAUUUGGGGCCCUAGUAAGGAGAAAAUAGACAAUGGCCAGAACAACUAUUAUAUUUGCCUGGAUGCAGCCUCUUUUGUGGCCACCAGUCCUUUGGAUCUGCACAAAUACCAUCCCGAUUAUGUGUGCCUUAGUUUUUACAAGAUCUUCGGCUAUCCCACGGGAGUGGGAGCUCUUUUGGUGAGUCGACGAGGGGCCGAGGCUUUUGGAAAACGUCGCUUCUUUGGCGGCGGCUCCAUCAACUAUGCUUAUCCCCAUGCCAUGGACUAUCAGCUGCGGGAGUCCUUCCACCAGCGCUACGAGGAUGGAACCCUGCCGUUUCUCUCCAUUGUCGGACUGCUCGAGGGCUUUCGCACGCUGGACAGACUGGUGCCCAAAACGGAGGAGCUAAGCACCAUGGAGAGGAUUUCCAGGCACGUUCAUGGCCUGGCAAAGUACUUGGAGGAGCAGCUGAAACAGCUAAAGCAUGCCAAUGGUGAGCCCCUCAUCCAGUUGUACAAUAAGAUGGGCUAUCGGGAAAAAUGCCGCCAGGGUGGCAUUGUCGCCUUCAAUGUGCGCACGGAAUCGGGUUCCUUUGUGGGAUUCGGUGAGAUAGCCUGUGUGGCGGCUCUACAUGGAAUCCUACUGCGAACAGGUUGCUUCUGCAACAUUGGAGCCUGUCAAUAUUACCUUAAUCUGGACGAGGAUGCCAUGGAUGCGAUUUACAAGCGGGCGGGACGCAUAUGCGGUGAUUACUUUGAUUUGAUCGAUGGCCAACCAACGGGAGCAGUGCGUGUGUCCUUUGGCUACAUGACCACCAUUCAGGACGUGAACAAGCUGCUCGUGAUGUUGCGCUGCAGCUAUCUGGCCACUAAACCGCAACAGCGGAUCCAAUUCAUCGAAGAUCAGGCGGAGCAAUUGCCACCGGUGCUCAAGGAGCGAGUCCAGCAGUUAAGGCCAAAACUCCUCCAAAUGGCCAUAUAUCCGGUGAAGUCCUGUGCCGCCUUCAAAGUCGAAUCGCAGGACUCAUGGCCACUGACGGAUCAGGGUCUGAAAUAUGAUCGCGAAUGGAUGAUAGUGGACAUGAAUGGCAUGGCAUUGACUCAGAAACGCUGCACGGAAUUGUGCCUAAUAAGGCCAGUGAUCAAAGCUGACCAGUUGGAGCUGCAAUUUGGCAAAGAUUCCUCUGUCUUAGUGCCCCUUUCUCUGGAGGAUCAGGCAGCCGACUCGGCAAAAUGUGUCAGCAAGGUGUGUCGACAGCCCGUGGAAGGUUUGGAUUGCGGCAAAGAGGUUGCCCAGUGGUUAAGCCAACAUCUGGGCUUGGAGGGCCUCCGCUUGCUCCGGCAAUCGGGCCAGCGAAACUCGUCCAAGGAUCAGCAGAAGCUGAGUCUGGUGAAUCAAGCUCAGUUUUUGCUGGUGAACAGAUCGUCGGUGCGUUCACUUCAAUUCGAGGAACCCCUCGACGAGACUGUCGAUCGUUUUCGGGCGAAUAUCAUCAUCGAUACGGGAUGCGCCUUCGAGGAACUCACCUACACGGCCCUCACCAUCGGGGGCAUCCAGUUCCAGGUGGAGGGUCCUUGCCAGCGCUGUGAUAUGAUAUGCAUUAACCAAAGGACCGGCGAACGAUCACCGGAAACCUUGACCACAAUUUCCCGCCUGCAAAGCGGUCGCAUGCGAUUCGGCAUUUAUAUUACCAGAGUAACUAACGAUUUGCAAGCCAAAGGGCAGCACAUGACCUGCGGCGAUACUGUCCUGGUGGAGUAAGCUCUUCCCACAUCACAUAGCUACAUAAUUAUCACAACUUUCAUACCAAAAAUAAGAUUAGUAUAUCUACAGUUAAAAGAAGUUUUUAAUUUAUUCGUUUUCCAAUAUAUAUCUUGCAGAUAUUUUGAUCACUUUUCGAUAUAUUAUAUCCUCAUUGGGUUUAAUAUUCCUAUAUUCGACUUUUCAUAGCUUACCUUCGUCAAAAUUAAAGUAACACUUUUAAUAUAAAUAAUCAGACAUUCUAACGCAAACAUUCACGCAUAGUUUAAGCUUAAAGUAACCGGAUACCUCUUGCCAGUGUCUUAAGCCUUUGAAAGGCUUUAAUUGCUAAAUAAACACAAUCAAAUCAA